AUGUCGAAGUUGCAGGACGAUCUGAGACAGCAGGGACUGCCAAAGGACUGCACGACGGUAGUUAAUCUGGCCGGAGCCACGAUCGGAGAUCCUAAGUACAAGCAGGAGGUCAGGUCUAGCAGGAUCGAGACGACCAAGACCCUGGCCAAUUUGGUGCGCACCUCCGAGGGAGAUAAAAAGGUGUUUAUCUGCGCUUCUGCUAUCGGCUAUUAUCCGCCGAGCGACAAAAGGGUCUAUAGCGAAGAUUCUAUUGUCGAUUCAUCCUCUGCCAAGGCAGAAUUUUUCGCUAAGCUCUGUUAUGAUUGGGAAGAGGCUGGCGAUCUCGGCAAAGACUGCAAGCAUCGGCAUGUGAUCGUUCGAACAGGCAUCGUACUUGGUAAAGGGGGCGGUAUAAUUAAAAACCUAUAUUGGCCGUUUUGGUUUGGCCUCGGUGGUCCGUUUGGAAGCGGAAGCCAGCCGUUUCCAUGGGUUCACCUACACGACGUGGUUGGCGUUUACAUGUACGCCAUGUUCAACAAACAC